AGCCACAAAGCUCUCUUAGCCUUGAGAAAAGAGAAUCUGCCGUACACAAAAGUGUUCUUGGUGGCUCAGAUAAAGAUUCUGAUAUAGCUUUGGCAAGUACAUUCAAGCAAACAAAAGGUCUUUUCUCCUCUAGAGGACGAUCUGCAUCUGUUGCACCCACUUCAUCACCUCCUGAACCUGUAGAUGUGAACAUACAAAAUCUGGCUGCAGAAUCAAGAAGAGCUGGGAUGAAGUACAUUGUUUUCCCAAGGAAAGCAUCAUACAAAAGGAAAUCAUUGAAAACAACAGGGAAACACAUUUCUGUUCAUGUAUUAGAAAGUGUUUGUGAGAAAUUAAGAGAACCUCCACAGAUUCUUAAAAGGUCUGCAUCUCUUGGAAAGCUUACAAUUCAUAAUAAAUUCUGUAUCAAAGUAUCUCGAGCAGUUCGAAGUUAUCGAAGUCCCAGCCUCCCUUGCUGGCUAGAUUUUGAAAAAUUUGCAGAAAGCCACGGGAGAACCCCAGAAGACACCAAUGAUUAUGUUUGGGCCAGAAAAAUCUGGAAUAAAUGGUUUGAUGAGCAAUACCCUCCCAUUAGUCAAUCUUUUACUGAUAGAUCAAUGGCAGGCAAAAAGGACAUAGAGGAGGAAACCAAGGCUACAGAAUUAGUAAACGCAGUAAAUCCUCUUCUCUUCGAGGGAAAACCAGAUGAACUUGAGCAGUGUCAAUCUGAAAUUGAUAGAAUAACCCAACAAAUUGAUGAAGGAAAUUCUUCUGGGUUUAACUAUUGUAGACGUGGAGCGAUAUACAGGAAAAUAGGCAAAAUGAAGGCAGCCAUGGAUGACUUGGAAAAAGCAAUAAGUUUAGAACCAAUGCUGGUUAAUGCCUAUUGGCAUAGACAUUUAAUUUUCAUUUACCAGAACAAAAUGCUUCCAGCGCUGGAAGACCUGAAUUUUAUAAUUAAGUGCAACAAAAACAAUGCAGAUGCAUAUCUGUCGAGAGCUGAAAUAUACAAAAAUCAGGGAGAUAAUUCAUUAGCAAUUAUCAACUACAGUCUUGCCCUGAAAUGCAGACCUACAGAUGAUGAAAUAUUCUACAAAAGAGCUGAGGCCCAUGAAGAGGAUGGUGAUAUAAUACUGGCGAUAGAAGAUUAUACUAAAUGCCUUUUCUAUAAUCCCAAAAGAACCGAUGCACUUAUGAAGCAUGGAAUACAUUACUUUAAUAAAUCUAUAUGGAAUAUAGCUAUUAAUGAUUUUACAAAUGUGAUUAAAGAGGAUCCAAGCAUCGCAGAGGCAAGAACCUAUCGAGGAAGAAUAUAUAUUAAACUAGAGCAGUAUAAAAAUGCAGCUGAAGAUUUUGCUGUUGCAAUUCACCUGAAUCCUAAUGAUUGGAUUGCAUACUACCACAGAGGUUGUCUUUUGCGAACGUUGGAUCCAAAACAAGCCUUGCAGGACUUGAGUGUUUCUGUUCUUAUCAAUCACAAGUUUGAGAAUCUUGCCGCUUUUCUUCACCGUGGGAUCUUGUAUUCAGAACUGAAACAGUGGUUACUGGCAAUCUGUGAUUUUGAAAGUGCACUCUCCUUGGACAGGAGCCUUACUGUAGCUUACAUAAAUAUUGGACUGAUUUUGAUGUUAUAUAUGGACCAUUAUUUUGAAUCUAUUCGACAGUUCACUCAAGCCAUUCAGCUGGAUCCAUUAGAUAUUAGACCAUACAUGUGCAGAGCCCAGGCACAUCAAAGGGUUCAUGAUCUAAAGAGUGCAAUUAAAGAUAUAAACAGAGCCAUUCAUCUCCAGCCCAACUCACCCCACUUAUGCUUAACAAGAGGACAGUAUUUACUAGAGAUGCAGAAUUAUGCUCUUGCAAGUUUCUGCAUAUACCAAGUUGCAGAAAUGGGUCAAGGACCCCUUGAAUGUUCGCUUGUUCAAGAAGCACUUGUUCAAUCAUUUUGUCAGAAUCACAACAAGGCCAUUGUGUGUGCGAUUCUAGCCGCCGAUAACCAACCUGAUUGUGCCAUGUUUGUUCUACUUGGAAAAAUCCAAAUGAAAGCCAAAAAACAUAAGGAUGCUGUAGCCAGUUUUAAACAAGCAUUGUGGCGGCUAACUGGUACUGCAAGAUCUACACCUAGUACAUUUGAGGCUGCAGAAAUAUAUUUUUUUAUGGGCCAGUGCUACAUGGAGCAAGUGUCCUUAAUAGAGGCCUGUGAUGCUUUUACUUCUGCUGUCAAGCUAUAUCCACGUUAUGCAGAUGCAUACUAUCAGCGAGGGCUUUGCAGAAUGCAGCUCCAUCAACCUAAGUGCAUAUUAGAUUUUAACAAAACACUUGCUGUUCAACCAGACCAUUUUCAGGCAUAUUUAAGUCGUGCUGCUUACUAUGGAUGCAAAGGAAGAUUCUCCAAGGGAAUAAUGAAUUGCAAUGAAGCCCUCAGAAUUGAGCCUAGAAGCGUGAGAGCCUAUCUUUAUAGAGGAGCACUGAAGUUUUAUAACAGGACUUACAAACAUGCUGUUGAAGAUUUAAGUAAAGCUAUAGACCUAGAAAAUGGUUGCAUUUUGGCAUAUUACAAUAGAGCACUUUCCUACCACUGCUUGAAGGACAGCAAAAAUGCUUUGAAAGAUUAUGGGAUUGUUCUUCUUCUUGAGGCCAGCAAGGACAUUGUUCUGAAAGUGUUGAUCAACCGUGCCUUACUCUAUGCAGAUUUGAACCAACAUGCUAAUGCACUAGAGGACUUUGCAGAAGUAGCACUGAGUAAACCAAAAGACGGUAAACUAUUUCAAAAUAUUGGACACUGCUGUCAUAGACUUCAGAAAUACGAAGAAGCUGUGGAGUCAUUUUCAAAGGUUAUUGAAAUAGAUCCUUUUUCUCUGGAUGGCUAUAUUGGACGAGGAAAUGCAUAUCUAGAAUAUGGUCAUGAGAAAGGUACUAGACAAGCCCAGAAAGAUUUUGCGAGAUCAAUACAUCUGAAUCCAUUGUGCAUAAAGGCCAGACUUUGUGCAGGAUACAGUUUGCAGGCUCUCGGAAAGUUUAAGAAAGCUUGGGACCAGUUUUCAGCAGUUCUUUAUAUUGAUCCCAAGUGUUACAUUGCUUAUGAUGGGCGAGCUGUAGUCUCUCUUCAGAUGGGCGAUACCUUUGCUGCCUUUCAAGAUACAAAUGCUGCACUCAAGGUAACUACAAGUGCAGAGCUGCUUACUAAUCGAGGUGUCAUUAACCAGUUUAUGGGAUAUUUAAACUGUGCCAUGAAAGAUUAUCAGCAAGCUAUCUCCAUUGACCCCAGCUAUGCUUUGGCAUAUUUCAAUGCAGCAAAUAUCUACUUUCUCAACAGGCAGUUUUCACAGGCAAAUAACUAUUAUUCCAAGGCACUUAUGCUUGAUCCAACAAAUGAAUCUGCAUUCCUAAAUCGAGCUAUUACUAAUACACUGUUAAAGAAAUUUGAAGAAGCAAAAGCAGAUUUUGAGCAGGCAAUUGGCCUCUCUCCUUUCUCGGCAGCAAUAUAUUUUAACAAGGCAAAUCUCUACAGUACAUUGCAGGAAUAUGAGCAAGCUGAGGAAGCCAUUUCAAAAGCACUGUCAAUUCAGCCGUAUGAUUCCCUGAUGUUUAAACUCAGAGCUGAUAUUCGUGGCAAGAUGGGUUUAAUGAAAGAAGCUAUUGCUGAUUACAAGAAAGCUAUCAGUAUCCAGGAACUUAUCAGUGGGUGAAAAUAUAUUUUUGGUGUAGAGUAACAUGAUCACCUGUAUUAGUUACUUUUCCAGUUUAUGCUGAAUACCGUUUAUGUUUUGUUACUGUAUGUACUGUUUAUAC